UGCGGCGCAGCCAUGGCGGGGCAGGGCGGCGGCGAGAGCUCGCAGCGUGCGGCCGGCGGGCGGAAGAUGGCCCUGCAGAGAUGUGAGACGUGUGGCGAAGAGGAGGCCAAGUACCGGUGUCCGCGAUGCAUGAAGUAUUCGUGCAGCCUGUUGUGCGUGAAGAAGCACAAGCUUGCCCUGAGCUGUAACGGAGUCAGGGACAAAACUGCAUUUGUCUCCGUGACUGAAUUUACUGACUUGAACCUUCUGAGCGAUUAUCGGUUCCUGGAAGAUGUGGGAAGAGCGGCUGAUGCUGCUGCUCGAGAUCUGUCUGUGCAUCGACCAACAACAAAUAAAUUCAUCAAUUACUUGAGAAACAGAGCUCGGAGGCAUAAUAUCAAUCUGAAGACACUGCCCAUUGGAUUCACAAAAAGAAGAGAAAAUUCAACUAUCUUCAAUAAGAAGGAGCAGAAGUUCUACUGGCAUUUGAAGCUUGUAUUUCUUCACUGUAAUGCUGAAUACGCUUUAAAAAGAGUGCCAGAGGAUAAAACACUCACUGAUAUCCUGAAGCCCUACAUUGAUCCAGUGGAGUCAGAUCCAGUAGUUUGUCAAAGAUUAAAGAUAUAUACAAUGUCUCCUCAGUCAGAUGUACAAAUUUUAAUGAAAAUAGAGAACAGGGGGCAAAACUCCACCAGGUACAAUGAACUGGAUGCCAGUAGAAGCCUCCUAGAAAAUUUGAAAAACAAAGUAAUAAUUGAGUACCCAACGUUAUUUGUGGUCUUGAAAAAAUUGAAGAAUGACAUGGUGGUUCUUGGCCAAGAGGCCAGUGAAUCUGCGGAGGACUCGGACAGUGGAAGUUCGUCCCUUUCUUCUGAGGAAGAAGGAGAAAUUCGGGAGAGUUCAUGACAGUUCUAUGAGAGAAGAGGGUGGGAUGAGCCUUUUAUAUUUCCUUAUUUAAUUAAAUCUUUUUUGCACAACUGA